UCCCACUACCCUGGGAUCAUGACCUGAGCCACAGUCAGGAGUCAGAUGCUCAACCGACUGAGCCACCCAGGCGCCCCGGGCGCAAAGUGCUUCUUGACCCUGCCGUGAGCACAGGUUAUAGGAAUCCCAAGGCCAGCUCUGAAUGGCACGUGAAACUUGGCAGAAGCGAGCCUUCACAGAAGUAUCACUACUUGACUUCCAAGCUGAGCAGGCUGAUAGAAUCUACGCCCAAGUGCAGAAAAUGGCCGCACAACGUCUUGGGCUGCAGGCAACGCGAAUUUUGUGGCGUGCAGCCAGCCUGACCGAUCGAUUUGAAUCCUCCGUGGGGAAAGCUUUCUGGGAUCAAGGGGAAGUGAAGCAGGGCAGGCUCCUCAGGCUUGCAAAAGCCCUUGGACGAGGUUUCCACCACUUUCCGUAUAAAACACAAUUUUACACGUCCUCGUCGCCGUGUGGCUGUGCAGAGAGAGAGGAGCUGGUUCGCUUGGGGAUGUGGACGCUGCUUGGAGAAAAGAGAGCUAGGUAGCAGGGGGCCUGUGUCCACACAGGGCAGUGAAUGGUGGGGUCAUGGCAGGCUGGUGAGCUCUUUUGACGGGGGUUCCGGAACUGUGGUAUCGACCUCUUCUAAGUGACAGCUGGCGGGCUUCAUAGUGACCCCCCCAGUGGAGAAAGAUUUGGGGGAGGCCGUGGGAGAGGGGGCAGAAAUGCAUAGGGCAAGGCGUAGGGCAGAAUGACACAGCUUAGAUAUAUUUGUUGGCCAAGACCCAGGGAAAAGGCAGUGGACACAUGAGGGCCAGACGUUCUAUGUAAGGGGCAGCUGAGCAGAGGGCUUCAGGCCCCCUGCUCUGGAGCUUACCCAGUGACUCAAAAGAGCGUUAGUGGCAGCAAAUACAGACGGCCCAGAUGUGGAGGCAGCUUGCUGUCAUAGGGAGACCAGAGAGACCACAGCCAGGCUCAUGAUCCCUGGGCCCCAGUGGCUGCACCGUGGAGGGGAGGCGGAUGUGACGUCCCUCUUCCCCGUCUGGAGCAUGAAAAGCAGGCUCCAGUCCUGCCCCUGAGCUCGGAUCUCAAGGCCCUGUGGCUGGGGAUCAGCAGGAGGGCAGGCUUCCCGGAAGCCCCCUCUUCCCAGGUCCCCAUGGCCUGGUGGAGGACGAGCCGGCCCAUCACGUGCUGACCGGGGUGGCCCCUGCAUGGAAGCCGCCCUCUGCCGAGCUGUGCCCUGAGCCCUCUGCUGGGUGCUGAGCGCUCUCUUUGGUGCCACGUGUCACUGUCUCAGGGGUGGUGGGUCUGAGCCUCCGCCCUCCUCUCGGUAAAGGGGUCUCCCUGGCACGUGGAAGGAGCUUUGGGUCAGAGCAGGUCCGGGAAGGGUUCCUGUGGCUGUCGCCUCAGCCGCUAGUGGCAGCAAGGGACCUGGCUGAGGGCCAGAGCGCUGCUUGGCUUGGGGAGGUGCUCUCAGGGGGUGACGUCCGGGGGCAAAGGCUGGCUUCAGGUGGCCACAGGUCGCCCGUGUCGGUGGGAGCCUUCUGCUGGCUGUGAUGAGACUCCACUCCAGUUCUUGGGGGCCCCCCUCUGCCCGCUCAUCUGCACAGCUUCUCUGCAGGGCAUGCCUGUGGCCUCGGAGGCGAGGGCGAGUUUCUCCUGAGUCAGUGUCACGGUCUGGCCCUGCCUUUCUCAUCCCUCAGGGUGACUGUUUUGGGGCCUCAUGCACGUCUGGCCUGUGGUCUGGCUUUGGCCACCUUAGCGCACCUCACGGUGGGCCUCUUGCCUCCGAAGCUUGGGGAGAAGUGGUUUGGGAGUUUGGUCCCUUCCCUCUUAGAAAGCCUCUGACUUGUUCCUAUUAAUUGGUCCCCCUGCUUCCUGGAGGCGUCUGCGGCCCUUGGUGGGCCUGGUUCCUGCUCCCCCUGUGGCCGUGGGCAAAGCUGCCGACCGUCAGUGCGUUUUCCGCACGGAUCCGCCACAGAGGGUGUGGGAUGAGGUGCCUGGGUCACAGUGCUUUGCUCGGGGUCCGAACCUGGGUCUAUCGGACUCCAGUCGGGGGCAUCGUCCACUUCUGCCGCGGUCCAGGACCUGCAGCUGGAACGAGAGAUGGCUCUGGCCACCAACCGCAGCCUGGCCGAGCGGAACCUGGAGUUUCAAGGUCCCCUGGAGAUCAGCCGCUCAAACCUCUCGGACAAGUACCAGGAGCUGCGGAAGCUCGUGGAGCGGUGCCAGGAGCAGAAGGCGAAGCUGGAGAAGUUUGCUUCAGCACUGAAGCCAGAGACCUUGUUAGACCUUCUGCAGAUCGAAGGCAUGAAGAUUGAAGAAGAGUCUGAGGCCAUGGCCGAGAAGUUCCUGGAGGGCGAGGUGCCCUUGGAAACGUUUCUGGAGAACUUCUCCUCCAUGAGGAUGCUGUCUCACCUGCGCAGGGUGCGCGUGGAGAAGCUUCAGGAUGUGAUGAGGAAGCCCAGAGUUUCCCAGGAGCCGGCUGGUGACGCCCCUCCUCCGCGCCCCCCGCCCCCGCCUCGCCCGGCCCCCCCGGCGACACCCCCUGUGGCCGAAGAGCCGCCCCCGCCACCGGCGGCAAUGCCUCCCUACCCUUUGCCCUACAGCCCGUCUCCUGGCAUGCCCGUGGGCCCCACCGCCCAAGGCGCGCUCCAGCCGGCCCCCUUCCCCGUGGUGUCCCAGCCCUCCUUUUCCUACAGUGGGCCUCUGGGCCCCCCUUACCCGUCAGCCCAGCCGGGACCCCGGGCUGCCGCGGGCUACCCCUGGUCCCCACAAAGGAGCACGCCCCCCCGGCCAGGCUAUCCCGCGGCCCCCACUGGUGCCUCUGGCCCCGGAUACCCCUUGGCGGGGAGCCGGGCCCCCAGUCCUGGCUAUCCUCAACAGGCCCCUUACCUCUCGACUGGAGGAAAACCUCCUUACCCAACACAGCCCCAGCUCCCCAUCUUCCCAGGCCAGCCCCAGCCCUCAGGCGUCCCCCAGCCGCCCUACCCUCCCGGGCCUGCCCCUCCCUAUGGGUUUCCAGCACCUCAGGGGCCCUCCUGGCCCGGGUAUUAGACACAGUCCCGGCCCUCGGCCCUUCCCAACUUCUACGUGUACUGCAACCUUUGGCCCGCCCACCACUGAGAUUCGAGGUUAAAUUGCAAGUGGACUUGGGUCCUCCUUGUGGACUUGUGUCAGCACGUGGGAGCCUCGGGGGGACCUGGUCGGGAGCGUGCAGGCCUGGAAAGGCGCCGGCAGCGUGACUGGCUUGGCCGCACCAGACGGUCACGGCACUUAGUGGCCUCCUGGGGGAGGGGAGCGCCUCCUUUCAGUGACUGGCUUCAGCUUUUCUGGUGCUAGCCAGGCGGGGAGCUCGGUGCCUCCCCCGUGGGUGUCCGUGUGAGUGGGCAGGUGCGUGUGCCCGCGGGCACGCACUUGUGCUUGCACUCACGGACACCGGAACCCAAUGCAAUUAUCUUCGUGACGAGGGGGUCUCCGGCCCCCGCUCACCCCCUCCCUCUCUCCUGGGAUCUGGCACAUUCAACCUGGUGCCCACAGCAAGGGACGCGACUCUGCGUCCGUCUGGUCCAUUCAAGGAUGGCCUGGAGCUAGAGUGGGAUCGGGGGAGGGAACACUAAGGAGAAACACUGAUUUUUAAAUCACAUAAAGCCAUAAUUGAACUCCGAUAGGUUGAUGUCAGAUAAGCUUGUCCCGCGUGCUGGUUUGAACGACGGCAGCAGAGCCAGAGCAGCGAGAAAGCAGGGGGCUGUGAAGGUGGACCCCAGAAUCUGAGGCAGAAUCUGGAGGGGAGGGGCCAGCUCCGGCCCAGGAGAUGGUGUGGCACCGGACUCCUUUAGGAAUGGAGCGGCCGCCCUCUCUUCUCUGGGGCCCUCCACUUCCGGUUGACUGCUGAGGCCCGCCCCAUCCAUCCGCUCCUUUAGUGCCUUGAAUCUCAUCCGCAGCAGCCCCUCCCUCCGUCUGCUGCCUCUGGCUCCCUCGUGUAACUCCCCAUCCCGGCACCCCUCCUGAGACACACAUUAAAGGAUGCCCUAACAGCGACUUCCCAAGUGGUGCUUCCUCAGACACCGUGACCGUCACUGGGUCAGAGUCAGCUCCUCUGCUUCCCUCUUGUCAGAAUGUAAAGGGCAGGGAUUGGGACUCGUGCCGCCUGCAGCCCCCCGGGCACGCUGGGGAUGUUGAGCGUGUUCGGUGAUAACAGAGACAAUAGACCAAAGGGGUGUGGUGAGCGGAGCUUUACCUUGGUUGUUCCAGAUGGGAUCCAGGUCUCGAGGGCAGACUCUGGAGCUGCUAUCGGCCAGGAAGUCAUAUGUGCCUUGAAAUGUCCACUACUUGAGUACCCAGCAUCCAGUGGGCCUGGGGUGCUGGGGGCCAACGAGGAAACUCGACUUUCCGGUGCCUGCCCCCCUCCCCGGCCCACGCACCAUUGGUGGGUGUUCGCGACGAGAUGCUCCAUUCGCUGUUGGGUCCUUGCCAAUUGUUCUUGCUUCUCGUAAGUUAUUUAUCAAGAGAAAUCACUAAUGGACUCUACUGGUUCGAGUGCUUCUGAACUGGAUGACCGAUCGCCGGUGUGUUUGUGUAAUUAAUGGCCAUAAUAAACUCUGAUGAGUUACAA